AUGGAUCUCGGACUCGAACGUGUCACUCGAUUGCUCGAGGCCCUCGCCCCUGCCGCAUCACCGCUCCUUCCCCCGCCUCACCUGGCUUUUCCCAUUAUCCACGUCGCAGGCACCAACGGCAAGGGUUCCAUCUGCGCCUACCUCUCCUCGAUCCUCGCCGCUUCUGGUUUCCGUGUCGGCCGUUACAACUCCCCCCACCUCAUCACUCCCAGAGACACCAUCCAGAUCAACAACAAACCCAUCUCUCAGGAGGACUAUGAAUUCGUCACCCAGGUUGUCCACCAAAAGGACGCAGAGCUCAACCUCAAGGCAACCUCGUUCGAGCUCCUGACCGCGACAGCCUUUUAUUUUUUUGCCUAUGGCACUGGGGUCAGCACACAUUCCCCUUCUUCCUCACCCACCUCGUCGUCGCCGUCCAAGGUUGAUAUUGCUAUCAUCGAGGUUGGCGUUGGAGGCCGUCUGGAUGCGACCAACAUUGUCCCUCAUCCCAAAGUCUGUGUCAUCGCUUCGAUUGGAAUGGACCAUGCAGGACUGUUGGGAAACACAAUCGAGGAAGUCGCCUUUGAGAAGGCUGGAAUCAUCAAGGCCGGUGCUCCUGUUGUCGUGGCACCACAGCACGAGGGCGAGAAGGUCUACCGAGUCAUCCAGGAGAAAGCUGCCCAAUUGACCCACUUGCCCGACCAGAUCAUCCGAGUCCAACCUGCGUCCUGGUUGAACCAACAAGAGGCUGACAAGCUGACACCGCCAUCUCCCGUGGGUCGUUGGGCUGUCCGCGAGAACGGGUACCGGUUCUGGAUCCCACUGUUGGGUGAUUUCCAGUUGGAGAAUGCCACGACAGCCAUUGCGGCGAUCAAUGUGCUGAAGAGCUCGACGUUGAAGGAGAAGCAGGCGCAGUGGAGCGAUAGGAUCACAGAUGAGACGAUUCGGCAGGGGAUCAGGAAUACGGUCUGGCCCGGCAGGCUACAGUGGAUUGAGGGCGAGAGUGCCCCAAGGGAGGUUCAGGGACGGGUGUUGGUUGAUGGCGCUCAUAACCCUGCGGCGGCUAUCGCACUGCGGACGUAUAUUGACGAGCAUAUUUCAGAGUUAUCGUCGGUCUCACCAACACCUCGGAUACAUUGGAUCAUGGCGUUUACAACGGGGAAGAACGUGGAAGAGAUGUUUGACAUUUUGUUUUCCAAGACAUCCAAGAGGAACAGCGGGGCAGAAAGAGCAUCAGGAGGAGAUACAUUCUCGGCAGUCGAGUUUAGUGCACCCGAGGGGAUGCCUUGGGUGACUCCGAUCCCGGCCCAGGAGGUAUGCGAUCGAUUGGAGAAGCAACAAGAGCGAACGCACCUCCGAGAAGAGGACCGGAUCCGCUCGAGGGCGUUUGGGGGAAACCUGAGGGCAGCCUUUGACCACGUCUCUGCAGCUGCAACGCCUGGACAUGGGACGCACUCAACCGCAUAUCAUGGCCGAUCAUCCUCCCCCUCCAACUGCAACGACUCCUUCCCCACAACCACCUCUUUCUUCGACACCUCUAUCCCUGCCUCUAAUCAAGAAUGGGCCUCAGUCGGCAACUCCUCAUCUUCUCGACGCAAGUCUCGUGAACGAUUACAGCAGCAGUACCACGAGGAACAACAACAGCUUCGUGCUCAAGAAUGGCACUUUGUACUCAAUGAACAACCCUCUCGACGACGACAACUCCAACAACAACAGCAGCAGCGGCGACAGCACGAGAAGCAAAGAACGACGCCACUCUCGAUCAGCCUGAAUGGCAGAGCAACUCUUUCUGCGAUAACAGUAGCGUCGUCGUCUGGGGACGAUAUCCCAUUGUCAGACGAGGAGGAGGAAGAGGAGGAGGAGGAGGAGGAGGAGGAGGAGGAGGAGGAGGAGGAGAGGGAAGUGGAAGAAUCAACAGCACCAUCAACCCUAACAGUGCCAAUAAUGUUUCUGAGCGACGAUACGGCAAGCAGUUUGGAUUUUGCGUUAUCCGACUUGACGAGCAUCGAGGACCCCACUGAGGACGCCAGGUCCAUAUGGUCACACGAUGACGAGAUGGGCUCUUAUUCCGCGUCGUAUUACUCGCCCUCCCCCAACUACAGCGUUGCUGGGUUCGCGCCAUUUGAUUUCCCCUCUUCACCGUUCAUGACAGCAACAACAACGACAACGACAACGACAACGACAGCACCGUCCAUUUCAUAUAACAAUACCCCACCACCUGCACCAGCACAUCCACACACUCGUCGUCGGCUCCUGCCCUCCACCUCAGGGACCUCACUCCAACAGUACCAGCAUCAGCAACAUCAUAUCUGGGGUCCGAAACCGCCUGUCCAUCAGUACCAGGAUGACUCUUCUUCUUCUGGCCCAAAAUCGGAGAUAUCGAAGAAGAUGACGAUGACGACUAUGAAGGAGAGGCAGCAGCGGCAAUUGAGACUCAACAGCUGCCACAACAGCCCCCAAUCCGCAUCACCCUCACCCUUAACAGCAAGCACCAGACCGCGUCGCAGUGAGAGGACAAAAUCGAGGCUGAGAGAAGACAUUACCAUGUACGACGAUUCAGAGAUGGAGGACAUGCAGACGAUGGAGGAGAUGAACGUGUUGGUGGUUGAUAUCCCAGAGACCACAGGAUGGCUUCAGGUGUUCGAGCAUGCGCUGAGUACUUUCCGGACAUCUUUUGAAGCUGAAUUGGAUUCAAGCGAUUCCGAGACUUCACAGUCCUCACUACUUUCUCCCAUCGAACGCGAGAGGAUUACAGUAGUAAGACGGCAAAUGUCAGCCUCGUCCCUCGACACGCUCAAACGUCUUCAGGCCCAGCAAACCCAACGACACCAUUAUAACUACCAUUACCAUCACUCCCCUCAGAGACAGGGCGCGUACGAGGAUGAAGAACAGUGUAGCUCAACGACAACCCUAUUGGCAGCAGCGUUAUCAGCACUGCGUCGGUUUCGUGACCAUGUCAAGUCGAAUUUGAUGGACCCUGCAUUGGACGCGGAGUUGGUCAGUGACCUGUCAAGGCUGGGGUUUGCGGGCGAUCUGGGGACGGUGGUUGCUGAGGGCAAUUCUAGUAGUGGAGAGGAGGUUCAUUUACUUUGA